AUGCACGCCAUCCUCCCACCCGAGAUACUCCACGAUAUUCUUGGCCGCAUCACCCCCAGCUGGAAAUGGGGCUGGCGCUGGAAAGAUAAGAGGGAACGGAUGUUCGCCCGCGCAGACCUAAAUUGGUUUUUGAACUUACGACUUGUCAAUAAACAAUUCGACAAUGUCGUGAUCGACCAUUUCCUCGCAGCGAUUAGAGCCGGGCUCGUCACUCACGACCUUCCCAUGUGCCGUGGGCCGCCGACCGGCUCGACGAUGGCAAUGGGAGAACGAUUACUAUGGUCACUUCUGUGUCGUAGUCGUGGCCUUCACGAAGGAGGGACAAAGACUUUUUACCGUCUCAUCAACACGAUCAAUGCGGGGGUGGAUGGGGUCGUUGAGUUUUUCUCGCGGAGUAGCCAUACGGACCCCGAGGAGCUCCGAACGAGCUAUCUAAGGGGGAUGAUAUCGAUGUUUGUCGGGCUGACGGGGAUUAGUUUGGUCGAUCGUGUUCUGGCUCCGGCAUGGGCUGGAAGAGGAAAUAUUGAUCUAGAUGGCCUCGACUCCGAAACAGAGGGGUGGAGCGGUGCUGCGUUGGUGUCGGCUGCAUAUUUGGGCAGAAUCGAUGAUAUGGAGGCGCUGCUUGCGUGGCGUUUACAGAAUACUGCUGAUCCGGAUAAGUCGCUCUAUCUGCCGCUUAUGGCGGCCGCGUUCGGUGGACAGAUGGACAUCGUACGGUCUCUGAUCGAAAGGGGUGUUAGCAGGAACACGCGGACCGUCGGAAAUGGGGAUACUGCGAUGCAUUUUGCUGCCUUGGGAGGGCAUGCAGCCAUUGUCGAGUAUUUUCUGGAGGCUGGAGUGGAGGCUGAUGUGGUGAAUAAUGCUGGGGAUACGCCACUUCUUUGGGCUGCCGGGGGAGGACACGCGGAUGUUGUGAGGGUGCUCUUGAUGGCGGGAGAGGUGAACGUGAAUUUUCGGGAUCGUCUGAAGAGAGCGCCGCUGAUCUGGGCCGCGGCAAGAGGGUAUGACAAUGUGGUAAAGGAGCUGUUACAGAGGGAGGAAAUCGACGUGAACCUCGUCGACGGAAAUGCAGACGUUGAGGUGACUCCGUUAGCCGUGGCUGCAGUGAUGGGCAAGGAAGACGUCUUCCAGAGACUUUUUCAUCAUCCGAAAGUUGACAGGAAGGUACACACUGUCUUUAGACGCGCUCUGAUCGGCGGAAAGGUCAGCAUUGUGAGGACAAUAAUCGAGGCAAUUCCCGACACUCUGGAAGACUACGAGCCCCGCCACUACGAGACAGCUUUGCUCCGUGCCGCCGAAGAAGGAAGUGAAGAAGUGGUUCGAUACCUGCUUUCUCUCAACGCGAUUCCCAUCAAUUAUCAAGAUCCUAAUGGUAUGACUGCUGUACAUCGCGCCAUCCAGUCGGGGGAUCUUGGGAGGGUCAGAGCUCUCCUAGAGCAUCCCGACAUAGACGUCAACUUGACCACAAUCGAAUAUUACGACUGUCAAUCACCGCUCCACUGCGCAGCUGACCAACACCGCUUGGAUCUGGAGAUCGUGAAGGCGUUACUCGCCCGGCCUGAUAUCAUUGUCAACGCUCGAGAUGUGCUUGCCAGGACGCCCCUCGCUUUUGCGGCUUACAAAGGGCAAGCUGAGAUGGUGAAGCUCCUUCUGCUGCGCGACGAUGUGGAUUUAUUUCCGGCGGAUGAGGAUGGAAACACCCCGUUGCUUCUCGCUGCUGAAGCUGGAGAAAAAAUGAUUGUGAAUAUGCUAUUAGGGGUAGCAGAUACAGAUGUCUGGCACAGAAAUCACAUGAACAGGACAGCACUGGCGUUGGCGGCGGAGUCGGGCCACAUAGAGGUUGUGAGACGAUUGCUCGAUCCAAGUCUCGAGGUAACGCGAGAUAUCAUACGCGAUGCCUUGGAAAAUACGAAAGAGGCUUUGGUUGUUAUUCGGAAGAAAUCGACUCCUUUUCUGAUUACCGAAAGGAAGAGGCUUGCGAAGGUAAGGAGGAUGGAAGAGGCGCACAAACUGCUUUUGGCUUUUCUGGAUAAGAUGGAUUCAUGA